AUGAAGGCCGUCAAAAUCCAGGAAGUUGGCAAAGCCGCUGUUGCUGAAGUCCCAACCCCUCAGAAGCACAUCCAUCUCAUUCCCAGCGAGGGCUGCACGUCUGGUUCCGACUUCGCUGGUGUCGUCCAGGAAGUCGGCUCGAAUGUUACCACUCUUAAGAAGGGGGACAGAAUCGCGGGGGUGGCGCACGGAGGAAAUUCAAGCCAUAAAGAAGAUGGUGCCUUUGCCGAAUACGUGGCCGUUAAGGAAGGAAUCUCGUUCAAGCUUCCAGAUGGCGUGAGCUUCGAAGAGGCCGCGACAGGGGGAGUCGGGAUUGCCACUAUCGGACAAGGCUUGUAUCAAUCUCUGCAGCUCCCGCUGCCCAACCAACCAAGCAAAGAACGUUUCCCGUCGCUGGGCGCCGAUGCCGUCUUUGACUAUAAUGCUCCCAACUGCGGUGCUGAAAUCCGCAAACACACCAGCAACGAGCUGUACUACGCCUUCGAUUGCAUUUCUGAGGGCAACCCUCUUCCGAUCUGCGCGGAAGCGCUAUCGUCUGAUGUAUCAACGAAGAAGCCAAUGUAUAGCUCGGUACUGUUUUGUGAGUUCCCGCGAACUGAUAGCACCCUAGCAUACACCAUCUUUGGUGAGCCUUUCUACAAGGCCUUCGGGGCUGGUAUCGAUUUCCCUGCCAGCAAGGAAGACUACGAUUUUGCCAAGAUGUUCUUCAAGCUUAGUGAGAGGCUGCUGGCUGAGGGGAAGUUCAAGUUUCACCGUGUGGAUGUCAGAAACGGUGGCUUGGAGGGCGUUUUGGAGGGAUUGGAAGAGCUGAGACAGGGCAAGGUCAGUGGGAAGAAGCUGGUCUAUCGGAUUACGGACAUCUAUAUCUUGGCUUCAAGCGGAUAUGUACCACUAACUAUCACGUGA